AUGUUCAGCUUUCGUGUGUUGUUCUGCUGUCUUUUGACUUUGAUGGGUGCGUUUACCGCUUAUGGGAACGUGGUUUUGAUAGGGAAAAACGUUACUUUGUCGUUCGAGGACAUUGAAGCUAAUUUUGCUCCAUCGGUUAAAGGCUCCGGCUUAUGCGGCACGUUAUCCGUUGCUGAGCCUUUGGACGCAUGCUCGAAGUUAACUAACAAAGUUGCUUUGGAAGUAAAUCAAUCGAAUACAAAUCCAAUGUUUGUGUUGAUAACAAGGGGAGGAUGUAGCUUUGAUGAUAAAGUCAGACGAGCACAAGCUGCAGGUUUCAAAGCAGCCAUUGUUUACAACAAUGAAAACGGUGACUUGGUUGCAAUGGCUGGAAAUUCAGCUGGCAUAAAGAUACACGCGGUCUUCGUCUCCAAAUCAGCCGGUGAAACACUUUCAAACUAUGUGGGCAAUGCUGACGUGGAGCUAUGGGUGGUCCCCACCUUCGAAAACUCAGCUUGGUCCAUCAUGGCUAUUUCUUUCAUCUCUUUGCUUGCCAUGUCAGCUGUGUUAGCCACGUGUUUCUUUGUCCGGAGGCACCGGAUUAGACGAGAACGCCCUCAGGCGACACGCGUGCGUGAGUUUCACGGCAUGAGCAGUCGUUUGGUGAAGGCCAUGCCGAGCCUUAUAUUUACGGCCGUUUUGGAGGACAACUGUACUUCUGCUACAUGCGCCAUCUGUCUCGAGGAUUACAGCAUGGGGGAAAGGCUUAGAGUUCUUCCUUGUCGCCACAAAUUUCACGCUAUAUGUGUCGAUGCCUGGCUGACAACAUGGCGAACAUUUUGCCCCGUUUGCAAACGUGACGCUCGAACCACCACCGGCGAACCACCCGCAUCCGAAUCAACUCCUUUGCUAUCCUCAACUCCAGCUUCCCAAUCCUCCUCAUUCAUAUCCUCCUCCGUUCGAUCAUCCGCAAUCCAAAUCGGGCCCUCCGGGCCGCCCUCAAUCUCCUCCACCCCUUUCAACCACGGCUCGAGCCGGAGCUCGGUUGACCUCAGGAACAUGUCAUCAUCUCAAAGGUCACACGGUGGUCCGUAUUUAAUCUCCCCACACUCAUUGGGCUACCCUUCUUUGUCACCAAUGAAUUCGAGAUAUAUGUCGCCGUACAUUCCAAGCCCGUUAAACGGCCCGUCGAGCUAUGUCGGGUCUUCAAGCCGAAGGCCCGGCCCAUUGCAUUAUAGUGAGUCAGCCACGAGCUUUUCACCGUUUGCCUCGACACAUUCGCUUCCUGAUUGUUGA